UGCACGUGGGUUUGCCCACAGCGUUGACCCGUGUGCACAGCGCUCACGCACGCGCAUUUACGUGCACACCGCUAAUCGCGCUGUACCGUUAUUCCAGUUUUUCUGAGAGCGGCCGAGCUGACCCCGCGGUCCGGGAUGUCCGAGCUGCCCGCAGACAGCAGUGUCCCACUGACGGGCGCGGCGAAUGACAACGGCGACGUCCCGCAGGCGGAGGUAGGCGGCGGGAGGCGGGAGCCGGCCCCAGCGCAGCCUGUGGAGGCCAGGGACCGUCCGAUGGCGGCGGCCAGGGAAGGUCCAGUGGCGGAUGCCAGGGAAGGUCCGACGGCGGCGGCCAGGGAAGCCCGGAUUGCAGAGGUUGCCCGAUUGUUGGCGGAGCCAGCAGACGAAGAGGGUCCUGAGGGCAGACGCCGGUCCAGGCCCGGGAACAGCCCAGGCCUGGCUGCGUUGCCGUAUCUCCGCCUCCGUCACCCACUUGGCGUUUUAGGAAUUAAUUACCAGCAGUUUCUCCGCCACUAUCUGGAACACUACCCGAUUGCUCCCGGCAGAAUUCAGGAGCUUGAAGGACGCCGCAGGAGAUUUGUGGAAGCCUGCAGAGCAAGGGAAGCAGCGUUUGAUGCCGAAUAUCAGCGGAAUCCUCAGAGGAUGGAUUUUGAUAUUUUAACAUUUAGUAUAACUCUGACUGCAUCUGAAAUUAUCAAUCCUCUGAUAGAAGAACUUGGUUGUGAUAAGUUUAUCGGUAGAGAAUAGUUUAGUGAUGAAACUACUUCAAGAACCUCUGCGUUCAAUACAGUCAUACCAAUCCUGUAACUUGAUUUCAAGUCAAAGUAUUUGAGAAUAAGGCAAGGCACAGUUGAAAAAGAAAAGGAAGCUUAUCAAGAAAAACCAUCAGAAAAGAAAUAGAAAAAAAUAAAAACCGUUAUGACUCCUCUAACGUUCUCUGAGUUUGUGAUUGAUCCAGAUUCUUUUCCCUGCAUUGUGGAAAUGUCUUUUAAAAUUGCUUCACUAAAGUGAAGAAUGGUUUUAUAUAAUUGAGACUUGAUGAAGGAAAACUGCCAAUAGAGCCCAUAGUGUAAGAUUGAUUUUGUGUUUUCUGAGGCAUUUCAAAUGAAAGGCAAAGUAAAUACUGUAUAUAUUACAUGAUAAAUUAU